CCGUCCAUCCAAGAAGGAUAAAACACAGAGUGACAUAAGUGUCUUAUCCUCUUCCUCUCACCAAACUCCAAAGUCCCAUGGCAUCCACCUUCCUCCGAUUCAUAACCCAUGUAAACCCUCUUCUUCUCCACCAUAACCAACCUUCCCAAACAUCAAACUCACUUCUCCGCAUCCAUCACCUUCCCACCCCUAAAUCUUUCAUUGUUAACUGCACUACUCCACCCUCCUCCCCCGACCCUCCAGAUUUCCCAAACCCUUAUCCGAACUCGGAUACUACCAACAACGCAGAAACCUUCCCCAUCGAGAAGCGAAGAAAAUCUGAGAUAAUCCGUGACAGGAAGGCUAGGACCAAGCUUGAAAAGCCAGAGCCGCCUAACUUUGAAGUGGGGUGGAAGAGGAGCAAGGUGAUAGAGCUGGAGAAGCCAAAAGGGUAUGUGAUUGCGGACUUUUUGGAGAAGUUGGAGGAGUUGAUGGGGAGAGAAUUUGGAUCAACUGAGCUGUUGGCAAAGACAGGAGAGAUAGUGGCUGACAGGGCUAGAGAGGAGGCAGAAGUGCUGAGGGAUGAGGGAGAGGUGGACGAGAGACUGGUGACGGAGCUGUUUAGGGUGUUGAGGUUGAUGGAGAUGGAUUUGGCUAUGGUGAAAGCUGCUGUGAAGGAGGAGACACUGAGUGAGAGGCUUGAGCAAGCCAAGGCAAGGUGCAGACAAGCUAUACUUGUUGCUAAUUCUUUCUGAAUUUUGAUUGUUACUGUAAUUUAAGUCCCAGAAAUGCUAGAUUCUUUCCCUUUCUUUCUUUCUUUCUUUUUUCAAAUAACGUUUGAAUAUGGAAAACUAGAAGGCCAGUUAGAUAUCAUGUACUGGGAGAGAUGCGGAUUCCAUUUUCACAAGGGAUUGGCCUCAAAGCAUUGGUUCAGUCCAAUUUUUGACA